GCAGAAUGUGUUCACAAAACCAAUGUCUCUGGUUUUGAAGCUCGAAUUAAAGCUGGCUCUGAAAUAGAACAUCUUAACAUUGAUCAUAUGAUCAAAGGUAAACUUGUCAUUUUGAUCUCCUUGGGAAGCAUCAACAUAGGCCCUGGAGCCGGAGGUUACAAUAAAGACCCUUUUUCUGGAAGUUUCAGUAAGGCAAAUGGGGAUUUGCAUCAUACGGAUGCAGCUACUUUUUGUAAGAUGCGGAUCGCAGAAGGCAUGCUAACGGUUCACACAACUAAUGUCUGUGUGGAAGAAGCUCGAAUUAAUGCUGGCUCUGAAACUAAACAUCUUGAGAUUGAUCAUAUGAUCAAAGGUACAAAUGUCAAUAUGAUCUCUUUGGGAAGCAUCAACAUAGGCCCUGGAGCCGGCGGUUGCAAUAAAGGCUCUUUUUCUGCAAGUAUCAAUAAUGAUGGCACUAAAACAAAAUGUCUCAACAUUGAUCAUACGAUCAAAGGAAACAUCAAUGUAGGCCCUGGUGCUGGAGGUUGUAAGAAAGGCUUUCGGUCUGGAACUAUCAAUCAGAUGCCAACCGCAAAAGACCUCCCAACAAAUAAAAAAACCGAUGCCUCUAGGGAAGAAGCUCGGAUUAUUGUUGGCUCUAAAACAGAACAUCUCGACAUUGAUCAUAUGACCAAAGGUGAAAAUGUCAUUUUGAUCUCCUUAGGAAGCAUCAACAUAGGCCCUGGUGCUGGAGGUUACAAUGAAGGCCCUUUUUCUGGAAGUAUCAAUCAGGCCAAUGGGAAUUCGUGUCAUCCGAAUGUAGCCCCUCAUUAUAAGCUUGAAACUCUUUCUAAAAAACUUGUAUCAAGUGAAAGACAAAGAGAGAGCAGAGGACCAUAACAAGGGUUUAGGAAGAUUAGACUAAGCAAUGAAGUUGGAGAAAGUUCUAAGCAGGGAAACCAAAGAAAGGGCAAAGGAAAGGAGGCUUCUAAGAAAAAAAAUUAAACUUUUGGUUGGCUUAAAUGUGUUUUAACAGGUUUUUUUUGUUUAUGUGAAGCUAAGUUAUGGCAGGAAACUAGACUUCAUUUUAUGUGUACCUAAACUUUAUUUUAGGCACUUUUGGAUUGUCUUAUGUCUGGUUUGAAGUUUUCUUGUAUAGACAAACCAAACUUGGUUUUAUGCAAUUUUAGUAUUUAAGUGGGAAAGAAAGUGUUAUUUGUGCA